GCAGCGUGAAAAAGAGCAUGCUUAACGAGGACUACAUGACGGCUGGAGAGGGAGGAUCGCUGCCACAUACAGCGUGUCUGGAUCAGAUGAGCGGGGGUCACCCAGGAUUCCCUUGAAACUGCUCUCCGGGGGAAAAACAAACAGGAUUAGACGAGAAAGAUUUCAUUCUAGCCUCGUUUACUGGGGUAAAAUCCACGUUAUCGCUGCUUUUGCCGCAGCUGCUGCUUGACAGAAGCUCACUCUGUCAUCGAUUUUUUUUGUUCUUCUUUUUUUUUCCUUUCUCAUUUUUCGUUUCCUUUCUUUUUUGUCAACAUGCCGAACGAGGGGAGGAAAGUGAGCGGAAUACUAUCAGGAACAGACUAUUUGGAUGAAUGAGAUUCGUUUUAAAAAAAAUCCAAUAAAACCUAAAUUAAUUUGGAUUGUUUUUUCAUUUCUAAAUUAUAUUAUUGGUAAAGCUACCGAAAACGAAAAAAAAAAAAAACUCGGCAAUGCGUUUCGAUUACCUCUUUUGUUUUAGUACAAUUUAAAAGAAUAUCUGGCUGGUCGAUGCGAGAACGCAGACAGCUGAGCUCAACAGGCGGUAAAGUAAAAGUUUUGCAUGUAUUAUUCUCUCUCAAUCAGUCUUUGUUUCAUUUUUUGCUUACAAAAAGCCGAUGUAAGGCUAUGCAUUGAACCCAAAGGCCAAUUUUGUAUCUGUCUCCUGGAUACACGCCCCGCUCUUAUUAUUAAAAACAAAAACGUUUGUUGAAGGAGAACUUUGUGCUGCGUGUCUUUCCAACAGUCAUCUGCUUGAUAUUUUCUCCAAAAUAUCAAGAACUGUAGCCCACGGUCUGUCAAAACUCCGGAGAGCGAGGCUCUAUGAAGAUCGCGACACAGUUGUUGCUUUCCCCUCGCAGAAAUGCCAGUGCGCGCCGUGACCACCAGGUUCAUGUACAAGGGGCUUUGCACUAUUCCAGAUGUCCUUUCCUACCGGACCCCUGUUCACCUGCCCGACGACGAGGUGGAAGAGAUUCGCGAAGCUUUCAAGGUAUUUGACAGAGAUGGGAAUGGCUUUAUCUCAAAGCAGGAGUUGGGAAUGGCCAUGCGUUCGCUGGGCUACAUGCCGAAUGAAGUGGAGCUUGAGGUUAUCAUCCAAAGACUUGACAUGGACGGUGACGGCCAGGUUGGCUUUGAGGAAUUUGUCACAUUGCUUGGUCCUAAGCUCUCUGCUGCUGGAAUGCCUGAUAAAUUCCAUGGGGCUGACUUUGACUCCGUGUUUUGGAAGUGUGACAUGCAAAAACUGACAGUGGAUGAGCUGAAAAGACUGCUGUACGACACCUUCCGUGACCAUCUCACCAUGAAAGACAUUGAGAACAUCAUCAUGACUGAGGAAAACCACCUGAACAGUCCAGAGUCUCAUGUGGAUAUUGACACAAGCCCAACGCAGCAGGAAAAACACACAUGUGUGCGUAAAAGCCUGAUUUGUGCCUUCGCGAUUGCAUUCAUCAUCAGCGUCAUGCUCAUUGCAGCUAAUCAAAUGCUCCGCAGAGGAAUGAAGUAAAUUAAUGUUGCCAGCGGGACAAAGCAGAAUCUGGUGUUUGGAAGAAAAGAAAAUCAUUAGCCAAAAAAAAAAAAAAAAAGCUCUUAUUUUCCUUCUUAAUUGAUAGUCAAAAUGAUGCUUUCACAGCCUUCUCUAAAGUAUAAAGGAUCAAAUGAUGUCACACAUUGGUUGUGAAAGCCCACUUUUCACAGCUCACCAUGGCAAAAAAAAAAGGAAAAAGGGGCUACAAGGGCUGAUUGGUGUUAAAAACAUAUUGGCUAAGAAAUUAGAGCAGAACUUGGACUGUAACUAAUAAUGUAGAGCUUCAGAGUACAAUAAGUGAUGUAAGAGUAGCUGUGGUGCAUAAAACCCUUCGGUCUAGUUCAGCAUGUGGUCAUCUCACAUGCACCAAAUAACAAAGUACCAAUGAUCGUAAUAAAGCAAUAACAAUGUGAACCACAUAUGGUUUAAUUUUACAUUAGAAUAACAUGACUCUCCCCCACAGUGAGGAGAAUCUUGUAUUUUCUGAUAAAAACAUACAUCAAAGUUCCACAACUUAAUCGGAGUCUUUGGGCACCUUUAAUUACUUAUCAAUGACAUUAAAUAUGAGUUCAUACACACGGAUACUUUUAAGUGCUGUUCAAGAUCAGAAAAAUGAGAAAAAGCGCAAUUUAGGUAGAUGAAUUUGGGGUUAUAUAAUAUCUAAAAAAAAAUGCUGUUCUGGUUGUUCCACUUAUCUUUAGUCAGAGUUAUAAAUGAAAAGGUUUACAUAACUAAAACUGUGAUAAAUUGUUUGCUGUUACCUCACAUAGUGAGUAGGGGGGGACAAGAACGUAAAUAAUUAAGCAUCAGGUCACCAAGUCUCUAGGACAACUUAUUUUGUACACAUCUUUUUUUUUUUUUUAAACAGGCCUACCAAUAACUAUGGAGGGCAUCAUAUCUUUAACACAUUUUUAUAUAUUUUGGUGCAUUACACUUAACAUUAGAAUAAUAUGAAGGGCGACAUAACUGACCUAAUUCUUUCCUUGUCCAAACACAAAAUAUUUGCUGAAAUGGUUGAGACAAAUACAAGAAUAGAUCUUAUGCUUUUACAUUUUAGACUAAAAUUAAAUCAUUUUUCUCUAUAUUAGGUCAUUUAUACACCUUUUACUGUAGAUAGUUUUAAAGUCACAUAUUGGAAGUUAAAGAAGGGUGCAAAUAGAUGCACUGGGACAGUUGGUAUGUAUGAGACACAGCAUAUAGUCUAUGUUAGAAGGAAACCAAUGAGUAGAAUAAACCAGUGGGAAACCAAAGUAUCACUCUGGGAAGCACUGUUAUAAUAAAAUGGAUUUGGAAACUCUGGCUGAGAUCCCAGACCACAUGUAGUGGGCUCCAGUCAACUGAUCAGGCAGAAAGAAAACACCCCAAAGAAGAUUAACGGGUUGCCUGAAAAUUAAUUACAGCGCUUAAAAGCUUACACAGAGUCUUUGAGUCAAACAGGUGUUCGGUCCACUGAAAUGUGAACAACUUAAGUUGAGAAGAAUUUUUUUUUUUUAUGACAAAAUUUGCCAGCAAAUUCGCAAUCAUAAUAUAUCCCUUGAAGCAAAAUAACUAAUACGAGUAAUAUGAACUCCCAACUUAUUGGCAAAACUGAUAUGAAUAUACAUAAAACAUUGAACAUCAAUUUUUUCUCCUACUGAUCUUUUGAGAAAAUCUAAGUCCUUCUAUUAAGUGAGGAUAAAAUCCCACAUCGCAGAAUAAUUGGUUGGUACCCUCACUGUCAAUAUUGAUCUAAUUUGAGAAAAGGACAUGGCUCCACUAAAAGGUGCAUUUCAGCUAACAUCCUUUCUGGAUGUUUGUAAUGGUAGGAGAGAGAAGGCUUAAACGACAUUACGGGAUGUAUAGACCAUUUAAAUUGUUGUUACAGAGACUUGGUGACCCCAAGGUGCAAAUCUGUGCUGUGGGUCUCUAUAAUCAUGAGCUUAAGAGAUCUUUUUUUAACCUGGUUUAGCACCCUCCUCACUGCACACCAAGGUAAGAUGAACUUGGGUUCAUCCAACUUUAGUUGUCAGAGGUUAAGUUGUUUUAAAAAAAUGAUUUAUUGCUCAGAUUUUUUCUGUACUUUCAGUUCAUAAAGUUUUCUUGCAGCCAUCUCCUUGCUUUAAACAUGCAAAAGUCUUGGGAUACUAAUACAUUUUAAGAUGGUACAUGCUAAUAAAAUGAUUUAGGCAUGUUUAUCCUAUGUGGAAACUAUCUGAGGUGUCACAACAGAUGCAGUAAAUGUUGCCUCUGGAAAUUCAAACAAAAGCUUCGAAGAUUCAUUUACUUUAUGUUUAUUCACUGCUCUUUACCUUGGGUGCCAGCAGAUGCGGAGGUUGCAAAACCCUCAGAUCUCAGAAAAAAAAGUGUUUAUCUCUAAUCCAUUAAACAAUUCAAGACAAGAUUGUACGUUCACAAUCACAACUCACUUGCAAUACAUGGAAAUCCCAGCUGCACAUUUCAAAUCAAUGCAUUUAAACCAUACAUUCAGAGAGACCGUUUAUCUGCAGAAUUAUAUGUUUAGAAUAAAUGCAGCUGUGUUUAGACCAUGUAUUACCUGUAAUAUUUAUAGCAAAUGAAUAUGAUGUAUUCUAUGCGGCACACUUGCAUGUCAAGAAAUAAUUGUGUGUACUGUGUGGGUGGUAUACAUUUUUGAGGUAUAUGUUAAAAUAAUUAUGCAAUUUACUAAGUGAUAAUUGCAAAAAAAAAAUGACAAUUUCCUGUAAAUGUCAUUUUUGUGAAAUGUGCAAACAAUAUCGAAAUACAAAAUUCUUUGCAUUAUGCUGUGAACAAUAAUCUAACAUAUCAUGAGGUGGGGAGUCGUUGUCCAGCUUUUACAUUGAGCACUUAGACAAUACAUUAUUUGAGUAUACACAUCAUUAUAUUUUCUUAUACCUGGAUUAAAUAUGUUAUUUUAUUAUUGAUAUAUGCAUAAAGUUUUAUAAAAACAUAAAAAAACUAAACAAAAAAAAUAAUGAAAUCAUGUGUCUGGAGAUUCAGAUACAAGUUCUGUAUAUUAAGGCCAUGCACUUACAUUCACUUUUCAGAUUUGUUAAUUUUUAAGGUUUUACUAAAUGAUUCUUAUUUCACUAAGUCAAUUAAGUUUAUCAAAGCUCUACCACAAAGAUUAACAGCAUGGGAAGAUGAGAAUCACUCUGGCAAUAAAUAUAUAUUUUAACUUAUGUAGGCGUUUGUGUAAAUAAAAAAAAAUGAUUUAUAUGACAUUGCUUUACCUCUUCAUGUGAACAUAUCAUGUAAAAAUGGAUGUUUUAUGGAUAUACGAUAUAGUCUCUGUGCCAAAUCUUGUCCUAUGAUGCACUGUAUUUGUAAAUGUCUUAUAAUAUGUGUCACUUUGUCGAUAGGUUGUCUUAAUUGUUUGCGUUUGUAACUGAAUUUUGUCAUUUGGAGUUCUAGAGAUAAAGUAAGUAUCACUGAAGCAAUGCAACCCCAGACACUGUCGUACAAAGAUAAUAAAUCUUUUGUCAAAUAUGAAUGUUAUGUAGAAAAAAUAUUGUCUGACCUGAGCUGGCUUAUGAGUAGAAAUCUGCUCCCCCCCCCCAAAAAAAAAAAACCCUCUAAACCUUCU